GCGCGCACGCACGAGAGAGAGAGAGAGAGAGAGAGAGAGAGAGAUAGAGCGAAGUGCGGCGAAUUGUUUACACUUUUAUUUUUUUGUAUUUUUUUCUUCCACCUGUUCAUUGAGCUUUAUUUCGACUUUUUUUUUGGACAGGUGUGAAUCUAUUUCGGGAAGUACUUCAGGAAAAAAAAGCGGAUGUGAGAGGAUUUUGCGGCCACACCUGAAGUUUCCCCAUGACACCUGUCGCCGGGGUUUGUGUUCAUCCGCCAGCGCAAAGUAACACCAGCAGGUGGACGGCGUCCAUGUUGGAACUGUAAUAGAUUAGUUACUUAAUUCCUCUUUUAUUUUAUUUUUUAUUAUAGUAUAUAUAUUUUUUUUACCGUGAGAAUGAAAGUGACGGUGAACUUUGGGAGUACUGGAGUCGUGGUGCCGUGUAAAGACGGCUGGAUUGUUCGGGACCUGAUCGACCAAGCUACUCAACGGUACAGAAAAAUAGUCGAACAGGAUGGGGAGGUCCUGGUGCGAACACAUCAUGUGGAGUACGCAGACGGGGGGAUUCUCGACCCCGACGACAUGCUCACGGACCUGCUCGAGGACAAGGACAAGCUGAUAGCGGUGUAUGAGGAGAGAGAGCUCCAGUCGAGGACACCGGUCAGUCCGGGGGGCAGUGUGGCGUCCGGUUACUCCAGCCCCUACGCCUCUGAGCCCGAGCUGGGAGUCCUGCGUCCCUCAGUGGGCACAGAGAUCGAGGUCACUUCCAGCACACUCAAGUCAAACACACCUCUGAUGGUCAGGAGCAGCAGUGAACUGGUGCUGUCACGGCCGCUGGACAUGGGGAGUCGAGAUACCGAAAAUAAUAACUACAGACCGACAACAACGGGAGCAGGCCAUGUGCUCACAGUGAGGGGUGGAUCUAUGGACAAACCAGACGAUGACAUGAUGAACAAGAAGAUCAACAACAACAACAACAGCAGCAGGCUCACCAGAACAGUGGAAAUUUCUGGAGACAUGGGACCUUUAGGAAUUAAAGUUGUACCUUAUCUUUCUUCACUGAGUGGACGGCCUCUGGGUCUUCAUGUCAGAGGCAUCGAGGAGAACAGUCGCACGAAGAGAGAGGGCAUCUUUGAGGAGGACGAGUGCAUCGUACAGAUCAACAACACCGAGCUCAUAGACAAGUCUUUCACUCAGUCUCAGGAGAUGUUUCGUCAGGCCAUGUCGUCCCCGGUGGUGAGGUUGGAGGUCCUCCCUGUGUCCAACAAGCUCCUGUACGAGAAGAGUCUCAUCAGCCAGAUAUUCAGUGGCAUUGACUCCACCCACUCCUUCACACCUAAACUGAAGAGUCCCUUCUUGCUUCGGGAAGGCGACGUUAAACCCGCUGACCACGCCCCUUCCUCCUCCACCUCCUCUCUGACUCCACCUCCGAGAGAGGAGUCCGCCAUGAGACGCAGCCCCGUCGUAGUGGAGCGGCGCGAGCAGACCCCGCCUCCUCCCGCCACUGCCUCGCCCACACCCAGAAGUGGCAGUGGAAGCCCCGCCUCCAUUGUAAACCCCGCCCUUACAGCGCUGGCGAACGCUAAUAAGAAAGCUGGCAAGAAGAUGAUCAAUUUAACAAAAGGUCAGGAUGGUCUGGGCUUCACCGUGGUGACCAGGGACUCGGCCGUUCAUGGGCCUGGGCCCAUCCUGGUGAAGAGCAUCCUGCCCCGUGGAGCUGCUGUGAGAGACGGACGUCUGCAAUCCGGGGACCGAAUCCUGGAGGUAAAUGGAGUGGACAUCAGUGGAUACAGACAGGAGGAACUGGUAGCGAUGUUACGCAGCACCAAGCAGGGAGAAACUGUCUCACUGUUAGUGAGCAGACAAGAGGAACCUUUCUUACCUCGGGAACUGAAAGGAGAGCCAUCUGGUCAGACCCUGUCCGAGGAAGGCAGAGAGCACCUGGUGUAUGAGAUUCCUGUAAGCGACUCGGGGUCAGCUGGACUCGGGCUCAGUCUGAAAGGCAACAAGUCCAGAGAGACGGGCGAGGACCUGGGCAUCUUCAUCAAGUCUAUCAUCCAUGGAGGGGCUGCUUUCAAGGAUGGGCGCCUAAAGGUGAAUGACCAGCUUGUGGCUGUCAAUGGUGAAUCUCUUCUUGGUCGAUCCAACAAUGAUGCCAUGGAGACCCUGAGACGCUCUAUGUCCAUGGAAGGGAACCAUCGAGAAACCAUCCAAUUAGUUAUCCUGCGAGCUUUGGAGAAUUCCCCAGCCCAGGAGAGACGACAAGAUGGAGGUGCGAGCAGAGAGUAUCCCUCAGCUCAGUACAACCACAGUGACCGCAGCAACGGCGUGGGUCAGCCGCCCAUGGUCAUCAACAGCAUCUACACCCGAGCUCCAGGUCCUGUAUCUGCCUCUAACGGCAGACCCGGGGUUUAUUACGACGCCUCCGACGAAGACGACUUCGCUUCUCAUCCUUCCGACAUGGAGUCAGACUUUAACCCACACCCGAGAUACGCGCAAAACAGAGCGGAACGUGAACCCACCUCCAACCCGACAUAUCAACUACAACACACACACAGACAUCCAAAGACUUCCAAGAGCAUGGACCUGGUGGCAGAUGAGGGCAACAUUGGUGGCAGGCAACCACAGAGACCUGCACCCAGCAUGUCCUCCCUGGGACCGACAUUGGGACUACAAAAGUCCAGCUCUCUGGAGAGUUUGCAGACAGCCAUGGAGGAAGCCAGUAAGAGCAGCGUCCCCUUCCACCGUCCUGCUGGUCCUAUGGUACGUGGCCGCGGUUGCAACAUGAGCUUCCGGCAGGCCAUCGACAAGUCCUACGACGGCCCCUCGGAGCCUGAGGACGAUUACUCUGAGGACAGCUCAGGCAGGGAAACACCAGCCAGCGGUUCCUCCCGCCAAGAACUGGAGGAUGGAGGCAAAGACAAAAAGAAGAAGACCAAAAAGAAGAAAGAGAAGAAGACCAAGACCAAGAAGAAAGAUGACAUUGACGACCCAGAUAAGAAGACCAAGAAGAAGGGUUUUGGACUAUUGAGAUUCGGCAAAAAGAACAAAAAUAAAGGAAAGUUGGGCUCUCUGAGUGAAGAGGAACUCAAUAAGAGCGAGUCAGAAAUGCUGACGGAGAUGGACGUCUCGGCUCCAGGACGCGCUCACGUCCCGGAAGUAGAAGACGACGAUUUCGACCCCAACUACGCCCGCAUCAAUAACUUCAGAGAUCCACCCCCUCCUAGCCACGCCUCCUAUCCGAACCGCAUGCCGUCUCCUCAUUAUGUUCCACCCACAAGCCCCGCCUACAACGAGGACCCGCGGGAAGGACUGUACGCCAAAGUCAACAAGAUAAAGCCCCCGGCGCAGCCCGUGGACGUGAGUAAUGAAGCUCGUCUGCAGCAGAUCCGGAGUCAGUUGCAGCACCUGAAGCCGUCUCCAUCGUACGCAGAGUCAGGAGCAGGAGCCCGACUGCAGGAGUACGACCCGGCUCGGAUCAGAGGCCCCGAUCCCCGCAUGGCUCCAAGAUAUGAGGAUAUCGAUCGACAGUACACGUCUGCACCCAGACGAACAGCUGUGGACGGCCACAGAGAAGCUGACCGCUACCUGAACCCUAGUCCCACCUACAACGCAAACCCAACCCCUCAGCCAGGCCCGAACCGUGUCCCUGCAGGCCGCUCCGGACCGCUCCGAUAUGACCUGCCCCCGUCCACCACUCCGGGCCAGCAGGGGGCGCCGAGCUACGAAGCUGCCAUCAAAGCCGGCAGUCGUGCAGCUGCUGCUGCCGCCAAUCAAUACGGCGCAUAUGAGGACAGACAGUACCCCAACCAUCGGACCAAGAACCCGGCCGUCGGAGCGGUGUAGGCUGAUCUGGAUGGAGGGCAGGAAGAGUGGGCAGGGUAAUGGAUCAUUGUAUAGCAAAAGGUUCUUCUUUCCUCUGAAACAUCUACUCUCCAUCCCUCUCUCCAAACUAAACCCUCUCUGCUAGUUGUCUUCAGUCCAGGUGACUACACCUGGGUUCUAUGUUUUAAGUUCAUCUAUAGAAGUAAAGGUCAGGGUAGGUUCCUCAAGGGUUCUUUGGAUAAUAAAAGUAAAUUGCCUUUAUUUGUUACAUAUACAUUACUGCACAGUGAAAUUCGUUCUUCACAUAUCCCAUCCUUGGAGGUUUUGGGGUCAGAGCGCAGGGUCAGCCAUGAUGCAGUGCCCAUGGAGCAGGAUGGGUUAAGGGCCUUGUUCAAGUGCCCAACAGUGACAGCUUGGCGGUGCUGGAGCUUGAACUCUGAUCUUCUGAUCAACAACCCAGAGCUUUAACCACGUACGCUAGCACUGCGCAGAUAAUAAAAGGUUCUUCACUUUAGAAAAAAAGAUCUAUUUAAGUCUGAAAUUAAAACCAUCUUCAGGCUUCCAAAAUCCGUCACUCGCCAAGCUUCUUCAGUUCACCCUGAAGCUUCUGAUCCAUGAUCAUUCUAAAAAGUCGUUAUCUAAUAAUGUACACCAGUCCUGAAUGGUGCUCCUGAAAGUUCCCCAGAGCAACAACCUGAGGAACCUUUCUGCCUUCUAGAUUUAACCUAGAGUGGAAUAAUGCUAGCAGAAUCUCAGAGCUGGAUCGAGUAGAAAGCAAUCUUUAUUCUGGAGCAGCGACAGUUAGCCUCCUUUCAGAUCGGUUCUAGCUGUAGACAGAUCUUCCAGAACCUCUUGUAGCAGUCGACAUCUUCAGCUCAUCCAUACUUCAGUGAAAUACAGUUGAAACACGUAUCCAAAGAACCUUCAGGUUCCUCUUCUUCCAGUCUGCAACACCAACCCAGAUUGGAGCUCCAGGUUUUUUAAGAUUCUCCAGACAGGAAGCUGUAGGUGUCUAGACGUACCCUAGUGUUGGACACCGCUCCUGCUUCUGCUUCUCGUCUUUAUCUUCCACACAGGAACAUUUUACACAUCCGCUUGAUUUUAAAGACGACGCAAGUUCAUCCAAUCCUAGCUGUAGAGAAAAAAAAGAGUUCUUUAUUGUUGAUGUUAAUAUUUGUAAAUAUUUCUUUUCCUCUUAUUGUCUCGUUCUCCAGAGAGAGAGCUUCUGGGUUGUUCCGCUUGGACAGCACUGUACUUGUUGCUAUGAUCCACACAGAGUUCCUGUCUCUCCGUGUCCAGUCCGGAUGGAGAUAACCGGCUUGUCUGCGGUUUCCCAGCUCUUUAUCUGUGCGGUCAUUUUCCCUCAGAACCUCAGCAUUGUGGUUUUUCAGUCCGUGUUUAUCUGAUGACUAAACGCUCUCAUUUUUCUCUCACCGCUAUCCUCAACUCUCUUCUUCUUCUUCUUCUUCUUCUUCUUCUCAGCAGAAUGACAUGAAAAUCAGGACUUAGCCUCCAACCCCCCCCCCUCUCUCUCUCAAUAGUGAAGCUGUAAAUCUCAUUAUUUUACGUCCCUUUAAUGAAGGAGUGCCAAAGAAAAAUAUAAUUAAAAAAUAAAUAAAUAAAUAAAAAAGUAGUCUGAUGUGAAAUUGUAAGAGAAUUUAAAUUGUUGAAUUUUUAUUUUUAUUUUUUUUAAUGAUUUUAUUUUGUGUUAUUAUGGUGAUAAGGAUCCUGUGACUUUUCUCUCUCUUUUUUAUUUUAUUUUUAUUAUUAUUAUUUUUUAUGGUGGAGAACUUUGCACAAUUUUUUUUCUUUUUUUUUUUUUUAAAAAAAUGACUUCUUGCAGUAUAUAACUUUUUAUCUUUUUUUUUUUUGUGUGUAAAAAAAAAUCCAAACGCUGCCAUUUUAUAUCUUGUGCAGUUUUAUUUUUUUCAUGACCGAAGUGUGAAAUCGAAGCGAAAUGGAAGGUACUUUGUGUUCUGCUUUUCCUUUCCGUGUAUUUAUUUUGAAUUUUUAAGAACAAAUAUGAAGCCUGUGUGUGUGUGUGUGUGUGUGUGUUUCAUCCAGAAGAUUGUGUUAAUAUAUUAAGUGGGCAUGAUGAUGAUGAUGAUGAUGAUGAUGAUGGAGUUAUUUUUUUUCUCAUUGUCUGGAUUUCCGCAUGUUUUACAGUAAAAAAUAAACGUCUUGGUCACGGA